ACCGUGCUCAGUCAGUCUCGGUGUGUACGCGUUAGCAGUCGUGGCUUGUGCAGCAGCAGAUCUGCGUUUGAUCCUUGUGGUGCCUGCGGUGCGGUGAUCGGUGCGUGUGAAAGUGUGAGCUUUUUUUUUAAUCGGAUCGCUGCUGCCGGGGUGGGAGUCUCGGUUUCCACCAUAAGAGGAAGAUUGGCGAUCACGAGGAAGUGUUCUGUGAAGCACCAUGAGGUUACCAGCGGUGAUUUGGUUUAGUUUGAUCGCUGUAGUGACUGCACAGACCAGCACCAGCAAGGACGAGAAAGAAUUCAAAUGCCCGGAAAACUUGGGCAACGGUAACUUUGCCGACCCUGCCACAUGUCGACGGUUUUAUCAGUGUGUAGACGGUUUCCCGUAUCUGAACCGAUGUCCCUCGGGGCUCUAUUUUGACGAUUUGCAAAAGUUCUGUACAUUCAAAACGGAAGCAAAGUGUGGACCCCUUGCCCAGCCAACUGUAACUACCGAGGCGCCAGUGGACCUGGCGAAAAAAUGCAAUCCCAGCGAAUGCGAGCUUCCAUACUGUUUCUGCAACAAGGACGGCACCCUGAUACCGAAAGGUCUGGAACCGGAUGAGAUUCCGCAGAUUAUUCUACUGACGUUCGACGGUGCUGUGAAUCUUAACAACUACGAACACUACAAGAAGGUGUUUAAUGGAAAACGAAAAAAUCCAAAUGGCUGUGAAAUCAAGGGAACUUUUUUCAUUUCCCACGAGUACAGUAACUACCAGCAGAUUCAGACGCUUGCCAACGAUGGUCACGAAAUUGCCGUGGAGACGAUUUCCCUCCAGAUGGGUCUGCAGGACAAGGGCUACGAAGAGUGGGUAGGGGAGAUGAUCGGAAUGCGAACAAUCUUGAAGCACUUCUCGAACGUCACGGCCAAUGAGAUCAAUGGGAUGCGGGCGCCGUUCCUGAAACCAGGACGAAAUACACAAUACAAGGUCAUUGAGGACUUUGGUUUCAUCUACGAUAGCUCUGUUAGUGUGCCACCUAGUCCUAUCCCCGUUUGGCCGUACACACUGGACUACAAAAUUCCGCACGAGUGUAAGAGUGGAACCUGUCCGACUAAAUCCUUCCCUGGCAUCUGGGAGGUGCCGUUGAAUGCACACUUUGUCGAAAGCUACGAGGGUGGUCACUGUCCAUAUAUGGACCAGUGCGUGUUACACAAUCAUGAUGCAGAGGAUGUUUUUGCCUGGUUACAGGAGGAUUUCGAACGGUAUUACUAUCAAAACAAAGCACCCUACAUGAUGCCGUUCCACACGAACUGGUUCCAGAUUCGAGAGCUGGAGCGUGGCUUACACAAGUUCCUCGACUGGACUCAAACCCUGCCAGACGUAUAUCACGUAACGGUGACGCAGGCUUUAACCUGGAUCACCGAUCCAAAGACGCUAAAUCAGUUAAACAACUACGAGCCAUGGAACUGUAGAACAAGAACAACCCAGACUCCCAAACCCUGCAACAUCUCAAACAAAUGCGCUCUAUCGUUUAAGGAACCGACGUCAAAUAUUAGCGACACUCGGUACAUGGAGACGUGUUUCGAGUGCCCCGCAGUCUACCCGUGGCUAGGAGAUUCGCAUGGUUCCGGAAUUCCCGGACGAGAUAACUACAUCGAUCAGAGUUCGGCCGGAACCGGAGAGGUUAAGAAUCAGCCAGAGGAAGAGGAGAAUUAACUUUUGGCGCAGGGUACGGGUCAGGGCGAGGGCACAGGACUGCGAACGAUCAUGGAAAGCCCCACUUCAAGCCCGAACACCCAUUCUAUCAAGUCUUGUGAUGUGUUCUAGCACACUACUCCUAGUAUUAGUGUUUUAGUGUUAAGAGGUUGUAAUAAUUAUCGGGCAUAGCAUUGGUUUGCCGAUGAUUUUGGAGAAUAAAGUCGAAAUUUUA